CCAGAGCCCCGUCUCGUCAGAGUGCCACCCAUCUCAGCACCCUGCUGGCAACAUCGGCACCACAAGCACAUCUGCAUGUAGCACCGCCCCUAUCACAACGUCCCCGCCUUCAUCGUCCAAUACGGAACACCCUCUAAGUGGGGGCGUGGACAUGCGCAGUGGCGUAGUGCGCGUCGCCGACGAAUACACGAAGCGGAAACACGUGGCGCGCGUGUCGGCUGCCAGACCUUGUCGGUCCGAGUUUCUGUUGCAAGCGGAAGGAGGUGCGGAAGAGUUUGCGGAUUGGGUGAGGGCGUUGCAGCAACAGGCGGCGCAUGCGACAGAUGCGGAGUUGGAUCCCUCAGCGAGUAGGCAGCAAGCUGUUCCUCAGCUGAUUCCAGCUUCAACCACCAUUCAGGUGCAAGGUAGCCAUCUGUCACCGCCAUUGAGCAAAACGAAAGCUACUUCUUCCAGAAACAGGUCGCCGACUGGCCAAUCACCUGUGAGCAAGAGUAGGAAACCCUCUCAGGUUGCUGAAGCGUCCACAAGUCCAAAAUCAAAAACGUGGCGGGGUAGGAUGGUGAAACAAUUUAGAAAAUUCAACCAAGGUGCCAAUAGUCCUAGUAGUCCAACGGCACCUGAAGGAUCAACAUUUGGAGUUGCUUUGGAAGAUUGUUUACCGUCUACGAAAAAUAUGUAUAUUCCAAGAUUCGUAGAGGUGUGUACAGAUAUAAUAGACGAGCGGGGUCUACAAACCGUAGGCAUAUACCGAGUACCUGGCAAUAACGCAUCAAUAACCGCUCUGACUGAGGAGGUCAACAGAAACUACGAGGACAUCCCAUUGGAGGAUCCUCGAUGGAAUGACCUGCACGUGGUCAGCAGUCUGCUUAAGUCGUACUUCAGGAAAAUGCCCGACUCACUGGUUACCGUUCAUCUGUAUCCACAUUUCAUUAAGGCUGAUAAGAUAGAAGAUCCCAAAGCUAGGCUAGAGGAGCUUAGGAGGUUGGUGCGAAGUUUACCAAAACACAACUACCACACUCUGAGGCAUAUAAUUAUGCACCUGAAGAGGGUCGCUGAUAAUUGUCAUAUGAACAGGAUGGAAGCCAAGAAUUUGGCGAUAGUUUUUGGACCAACGAUAGUUAGGCCAGAAGGGGAGAACAUGGAGACGAUGGUCAAUCAUAUGACGAAUCAGUGCAAGAUCGUCGAAAGUUUACUGACGCAUGCCGAUUGGUUCUUCCCCGAAAACGAAAACGAGGAAAACCACCCUGUACCUUUAGAACACGUUGAAGGAAUUGAAGAAUUUGAAUCUGCAAAUAACCAAGCCUUGUUGUUACAUAAUAUUAGCAAGUACGAAGCUUUAAAGGACCAGAAAGAAAAGAAUGGUGCUCUGUUUUCCUCGAUAAUUUCGGCGGCCCAGCGAAAAGUGAAACGGAAACCGCAGAAGUCGAGUCAAGAAUCCAAAGAUGAACCCACAUCACCCACAAGUCUGAAAGCACCACAGCCGUUCUCAACCAGUGAUCUCAAAGACAUGGAAAAUCAAGUGUAG